ACCAGCUGAAACUUCGAACUCCAAGCUUCGAGCCACGGCGAACGCAGGAGGACGAGGGGGCAGAGGAGAAGGAGGAGCUGGCGAGAAAUUCUGUUAUCAGAAAUCAAGGAACCAGCACCGUUCGAUCCUUCAAACUCGCAGUUCAAACCCUAAGUUUGCAGCGCCAAAUCCACCCGCAGAUGACGGAAAAGACCUUGAAUCUCCUCGCCAAUGUCGACUCCAGGAGGGAUGCCUAUGGAUUUGCUGUGAGACCUCAACACCUUCAAAGAUACAGGGAGUACGCUGAUAUCUACAAGGAGGAAGAAGAAGAAAGAUCAGAUAAAUGGAAUGACUUCCUUGAUCAGCACGCGGAGUCAACUCAAACAUGCUCAUACAAGGAGGAACAUAGCAGCGCAUUUGAUGCUGAAGCCACAGAGCAUAAAGCAGAGGCUGUUUUGGAUAAGGGUGAUGAAGAGGAUGAUUCAAGUGGUAAGAAGUCCCCUUGUGCUGGUUCAACAGAAGGUGAUCCUGGAGAUGUGCUGGUGCCUAAGGAAACAAAACCCAAGAAGUCAAAAACAUGGGUUCUUAUAAGACCAUCUCUUGGCAUUAUUGAAAAUAUGAUGAGCUCUCGCAUCAAGAAGGUAACGAAUAUGAAAGAUGAGCAUACAAGUCACAACCACCUUCCAUCAAUUAGAGAGGCAAGGUCUUUGGGAGGGGAACAUGAUGAGGACCAUGAGGAAGAGUAUUUCGAUGAGGCAGUGGAAGAUGGUGCAAAUGCCUCCAGUCAGGCAAGUACUACUGGUGAUGAUGAGGCAGUGGAAGAUAGUGCAAAUGCCUCUAGGCAGGCAAGUGCUACUGGUGAUGAUGAGGUCUCCCCAGAACCAUCCUUUCCUUGGAAGGAACUGGAGUUCCUUGUUCAUGGGGGAGUGCCAAGGGCUGUCAGGGGAGAGGUAUGGCAAGCCUUUGUUGGUGUAAAUACACGUCGAGUGGAGAGAUAUUACCAGGAUUUGUUAGCUCCUGAAACUAAUGAGGGCAGUGGCACACAGCUUGAUGAUUCAAUAGCAGACCAUAGUAGUAUAAACCCCAAUGCAGAUCCUGUUGGCAUACCUGAGAAAUGGAGAAAGCAGAUUGAGAAGGAUUUGCCUCGAACAUUUCCGGGUCACCCUGCUUUAGAUGGAGAUGGAAGAAAUUCCUUAAGGCGUCUACUUUUAGCAUAUGCUCGACAUAAUCCAUCUGUUGGGUACUGUCAGGCAAUGAAUUUCUUUGCAGGCUUAUUGCUCCUGAUGAUGCCAGAGGAAAAUGCAUUUUGGACCUUGGUGGGCAUUAUUGAUGAUUACUUUGACGGCUAUUAUUCUGAGGAAAUGAUUGAGUCUCAGGUAGAUCAACUUGUUUUUGAGGAGUUGAUGCGUGAAAGAUUUCCCAAGCUAGUUAAUCAUUUGGAUUACUUGGGAGUGGAAGUGGCAUGGCUCUCUGGACCCUGGUUCCUCUCCAUUUAUGUGAAUUUGCUACCAUGGGAAAGUGUUCUUCGUGUUUGGGAUGUGCUUCUAUUUGAAGGAAAUCGUGUUAUGCUAUUUCGAACAGCACUUGCUUUGAUGGAUCUAUAUGGUCCUGCACUAGUUACAACCAAGGAUGCUGGAGAUGCAGUAACUUUGUUGCAAUCCCUUGCUGGAUCAACAUUUGAUAGCAGCCAGCUUGUUUUGACUGCUUGUAUGGGUUUCCUUGCUGUAACUGAAACUAGAUUGCAAGAGUUGAGGGAAAAGCAUCGACCAGCUGUGUUAGCAGCAGCUGAGGAAAGGAAAAAGGGGGGUCGAGUUUGGAAGGAUUCCAAAGGUCUUGCAUCCAAGCUAUACAGUUUCAAGCAUGAUCCAGGAUCAGUCAUAAUUGAAACAAAUGCAAAAGAAGGGCUAGAUCAUAUGCUUACAGAUGGAGAUAUGCCUGCUUUGGAAGCACAUUCCACUGAUCUGGAUAAAUUUCUUAGCGGCCUAACUGUUGGUUCUGAAGUUGAAUCUGUUCCAGAUCUGCAAGAGCAGGUGGUUUGGUUGAAGGUUGAGCUGUGCAGGCUGCUGGAAGAGAAAAGGUCCGCUACAAUGAGGGCUGAAGAGCUGGAGACAGCACUUAUGGAAAUGGUCAAGCAAGAUAAUCGGCGGCAACUGAGUGCAAGGGUUGAGCAGUUGGAGCAAGAGGUAGCAGAGCUACGUCAAGCCCUUGCUGACAAGCGAGAACAAGAGGCUGCUAUGCUUCAGGUCUUAAUGCGGGUAGAGCAAGAGCAAAGGGUAACUGAAGAUGCUCGCCUAUUUGCUGAGCAAGACGCGGCUGCUCAGAGAUAUGCAGUUCAUGUGCUUGAGGAAAAAUAUGAUAAGGCUAUGGCUUCAGUUGCUCAGAUGGAGAAGAGGGCGGUUAUGGCUGAGUCGUUGUUGGAGGCUACAUUGCAAUAUGAAUCAGGACAAGUUAAAGCGCAAUCUUCUCCACGGUCCGUGCGUCCAGAUCUAGCACAGCCAGCUAGGAGGAUGGGUCUACUCUCAAUGCCAUUUGCACUCGGCUGGCGUGAUAGGAACAAGGGGAAAGCCACUAAUGAGGAGCAGGGUGAAACAAAGUCCAUGAAUGAGGGAGUGGAAGGAUGCUCUGUGCAUGGAGAUGCUAAUGAACAGAAAGAGCAUGAGAGAGUGUGAAAUGUAGAGGAUAAUACAUUUGUAUUCUGAAUGGUCCUGCUGCUCAGCUUCAUGUUCUAUUUGUCCAUGGUGGCUUUGGGUGCUUACUGGCUGGGGGCUGUUUUUGUAUUAUUGUCAAUUUUCACAAGCUCAAUUAACAUACAUUUUUUUUUCUAGGCAAUUGAAAGUAAAGCAUCCCUUUUUCGUUCA